CUCCUCCUCUUCAACAGACUUGUCCUUCUCACUCUCUCUCACACUCUCUCUUUUCUUCAUCUACUCUUCUACUCUACUCUGCUCGUCACACUACUCUUCCACUUUCCUCUGUACCCCGUCUACACACCCUCCUCUUUGUCACUCCUCACCCGUCACCCCACACCCGUCACUGGCUUGACCAUCAUCCACUCUCCCCGUCGUCCAUCCCACAGCUGAUCGUCCUCUCGGCACGGGUCACGCGUCACGCACAAGAUCCACUCGUGCACUCGCUCCUCCUUUUCUCUUUCUGCCACGAGAGCGACGACCUUCUCGUCUCCUCCUUUUCUCCUCUCGUAUCUUCUCUCUCAACCCACUACUUCACACCAUGCCAAUCCUCAAAACUCUCCAGCACAAGGCCUCUCUAGGCCGCCUCCGCAAGCUUUCCAAGGGCGCCUCCGACGCUGCUCGCCCCACCGUCGUGCCCCCGCUCCCCACUGCAUCAGGCAACAACAACGCGUCCGCCGCCGAGGUCCUCUCGCCCGAACUGCCCACUUCCUCGCCCAACCCCAACAACUUGAAGUUUUGGCGGAAACGCGCCCCGUCUCCUAGCCCCAGCCCAGAGACAAACUACACUCCCCAGCUCCAAAAGACUAAAAGCAUCCUCCGCCGGCGCCCGUCCCGCUCUGCGAGCGACGACGAGCGCGAAGCUGCCCGCGUGACUUUUGGUAACCGCUCCCCUCGUCCGGGUUACAACCCUCCACCCAGCGCCUUCCGCACAGACGCUUCCUCCCCAACCCCGCCCCUCCCUAUCCCCUCGCCUUCCCUCUCGGCGAGCUCGGCGCGGAGUAGCGCGUCUCCGGCGCUGUCGGCGCAGUCGCUUUCGCCUGGUCGUCAAAGUGCCCACCUUCCCUCCCCCGCGGCAAGCUCUGCGAGCUCGACCGGCUCCUACUUCCCUCCUGGCACUCCAAACUCCAGCAACUCGCUCUCGCCCCAGCCUCGCCCCCCUUCCACUCCAGUGCAAACACGUUCUGCUUCGCUCCACUCGCGCGACUCUGCCACUCCGCGUACCUCGACUCCCUCGCCCGUCGGCGGCUCGCGCCUCUCGACUGUCUCGACCUCGACUGCUGGGUAUCACGCUGUGCCCGAAUCGCCUGCCGAUGCGGCGUGCCGCCCUUACACCCCCGUCAUGCGUGGGGUCGCGCGCCCCCUCACGUUCCGCUCGACCAGACCCAUAUCGAGUGCCAGUGCGAGCAGCCAGAGCACCGUGCGCCAGGCGCCACAAACGCAGAGCCGCCCAACCAGCGCCAUGUCCAACUCUACCGCGCGCGCUCGCCGUGUGAGCUCUAGACCCCAGAUGCGCUCGACGAGAAGCACUAGAGCCUCCAUCGCCUCCAUCUCGACCUUCGCCUCGUCCUCGUCGACUGGUCACUCGUCUUCGCCGGGCGUGUCGCCGAUUGCAGCCAAUGGCAACUUUGCUACCAUCUCGGGCUACCCAUCCUAUGCCUAUGCGUCGGGCACCGGCAGCAAUGGCAACAGCCCCGUGUACGGCGGGCCGCAGGCAUUCGUCUUCCCUCCUACUGGCCGCUCGUCCGUGACGCCAACACCCGUCACACCGCCCAAGCGUGCCAGCAUCCUGCCGCGGGGCGCGGCUGACGAUGUGCCAAUGUUCAACGUCAUUCCUGCAACACCCGGCGCGGCCGAGGAGGACGCUGUUAUGGACCAACCCACCCACCGGCGAAGCACGUCCUCUGAGCGCCAGCGUCGCCGUAGCGCAUCGAUGGAGCGCACGCUUGAGGUAAUGCACGAGGAGGAAGAAGACGUGGAGGAGGCCGUUACCGCCCGCAAGCUUGACUUUGAUCUCGAAGAGUUCUCGCCAUCACCCCGGCAGAACAACGCACAGCUUGUUGGCUCGCCUAUCCGUCUCAACACUGUGCAGCUUGAUGACAUGGACUUGAGCGACGCCGAGUCGGACACUGGCAGUGACGAGACCGAAGUGCGCACGGAGGAUGAGCAGGCGUCUACAAGACCCCCCAAGCACCUCGCACUAGCCCUCCAGUCCGUCCCUGCGCCGCCUCCUCGGUUCCCCAAGUCGCCCAAGCGCGCCACGGCGUCGCUGUAUCAGGCGCACGACGACGGGAGAUCAAUCUCGCAGUCGCUUGCCGAGCUCGCUGCCAUUGCCUGCGACCUUCCUCCCCUGGGCGAGGACAUGGCGAUGAUGGCCAACGCUGCUGCGCAGCGCCUCGCCGAGGCCCGGGCUACUGUCGACAUCUCCGAGCCCGUCGCCGACUUCUCCUCGCCUCGUCCGCUCUCGGCUGCGCCCGUGAUGAUGGGCAACUACCACCGCCCGCAGGGGAGAAAGGCCCAGUCCGCCUCCCCGCCCUCGCGCACGCUGCCCCAGACGCCCAUCGAGAACCCCGAGAUGCGGCGCAAGACGAUGGGGGCGCCUCCCAGCGGCCCCCUACCGCCUACGCCCUCGAGCUACAGCUCGCACGCGUCGCUCCCCUCGCUCGUCUCGCACGGCAGCAUGCCCUCCUCGUCCUCGGGCUGCACCACCUCCUCGUGGAACUCGCAGCGCUCUGUGACGUCGUCGCCCGAGUCGGACAAGCUCGACCUCGCCUUUGACAACCUCAUGCUGGAGUCUGAGCUGCCCGACAACCCGGGCCUGGGGCUGGGCCUUGGCCUCGGCCUCGGCCUCGAGAUGAAGGAGACCAAGCCCGUCAUCGCCGUGUCGCCGGCCGACGACGACGAGGUGCGCGUGCGCCCCAACCGCAUGUCGAGCGCACACCCCCACCGCGUCGCGCUGUAUGGCACGCCGCGCCUCGGCCGCAUCGGGGAGCGCGACUCGUACUGCUCGGUCAGUACGGUGCGGCACACGCCGCACGGCUCCAUCUCGAGCAUCAGCAUGAUGAGCGAGAUGAGUGACGACGAGGCCCUCAACGCCCAGGUCGUCGACAUCACGACGUUCUCCCACCCCUACGUUGUUGGGCGGCAGGACGCGCGCGCGCACGAGGUCGGCGUCGCGUUCUAGUCUGCCCCAUCGGAGAAUCGUCGCGAUCAUAAUAGAGGGGCAGUGCCCCAGUUGUUUACUAGUACACUUAUCGGACACUGAAUAUAUGCAUGUAGCUAUCACUGGA